AUGUCAAGUGGUUCUUCAGACGGUGGAGGUUCCAGAGGUGCAGAUAAUGUAUUUGAGUCCAGUCAAGUCAGCAAAACAUUUAAAAGUUACCUGUUUGCUGGAAAUAUAAGCUGCCCAAAGAGGGAAGGAGAUCUGUUACAUAGUGAGAGUAACUUACGAAAAAAGUUUCGACUAAAAUCUGAUGGUUCCGAUUCUGAGUCUGACAAAAAGGAUGUGAGUCUUACGGCCAGUGUGUACAACAACAGAUGGUCUCACCUGAAAUCUGAUGAGUCUCACAACAACUUCAGUCCUAGAAAUUCACAGUCAUCUGCAAAAAGUUUACAGGAAACAAGUUCAGCUCCAGUUAAGAGAUUGAGACUAAAGUCGGAUGGAACGCCACCGAAUUCUCCUCCACAUAAUAUGAAUCAUCUGGCCGAUCCCAAACAGACAAAGAUGAGUCUGAUGGGCAAAAUGCCUGCAGGGAGUUACAAGGUGAGGAUAGCUCGAUAUAAAUCACCUGAAACUCAUCAUGAGGAACCAACGAAGUAUAUCAGUAAAACAGUAUGGCGUUCAUCUCUCCAUGAAAGCAAUGAGGAUUCGGUGUUUAGGAAGGAUGCCAGUCCAUCUGAGUAUGGCAGCAAAAAGCCACCCCGGUCUCAGAGAAAAAUAUUUCGUAUGAAGUCUGACGAAAACUUGUUGGAUGAACCAGUUGAAAAUAAGAAAACUUCAAAGGAACAAAAUGGUGAAAUAACUCUAAGCAGAGAUGUGCGUGUUUCUCCAACUGAACGGAAAAUGAUGCGUGUGAAAUCGGAGAGCAACCUGUUGACUCCUUUAACAACUCGUACAGUAAAUAGGGCAUCACUACUGGACAAAGAACAAGAUCAAGCUCCAUUAUUCUUGAGGCGGGCAGAGAAAAACUCCAAGAUCACAGAUGCAAGGUAUGGAUUUACACGUAAUUCGCGGAAUGCGGAUUACAUGGACACUGAGAAUGGCUACAAUGACACUGGUGGUAGUAUGAAGGUCAAGGUCAGAGAUUCCAGUCCCUCUGGGUUGAGUUUAAAACUUGACAGAUCCAUAUCAUCUCCUGGCAAUAGUCAGCCAGAUAGUCCGUCACGUCUUAGACUCCAGGAAAGGAUGCGGCGCCGUGUUUCUGAAUCAGAUGUUUUACGAGAUAUUGAGACAUCUUCUCUAGUCAUUGAUGUUGAUAGAAAUUUCAGUUCAGCACUGGAAGUAGAGACAGCAAUUGAGAACUUGCAGGACCAGCUGAAGCUAUGUACAGACUUCUCAGAGAGGAGAAAGAUACGAGCUGCGGUACGGAAGCUGAGAGAGAGGAAACAAGCAUUAGAAAACUGUGACAGUGGAAGUGACAAAACUCCCAUCAGCCCACAGGAGAUCCCGUUUGUAAGGGAGACAACUCCGUUGACCAGGGUUGAUCCGGAUUUGACUCCCCUGAAUGGAUACACUGACAUAGAAAGCAUCCCUGAACUACGACGUCUAUUGACUGAAGAAACCGACUAUGAUGAGAAGAGAAAGAUUCGUCUUGCUCUCCGACAACUGCGACAACGAGAACGUGAGCGAGAGAGUGGGGACCAGCCAGUAAAUGGUAGGAUUCUGACAACAAACCACAGCUUUAUCGAACAGCGGCAAAAAAACUUUGUGAAAGAUUCCAACGCCACAUCAUCAUCAUCAUCACCACAGACAACAGUAGGACACAACUCAAACAUUCCAGAGAAUGGGAUCAGUUAUCAAAACAGUGAAGUGAUCCUGAAUGGGUAUGAUGACAAGUCACAUGACCACACUCCUGUGAAUAGCCAGAGAAGGUUUAGUGAUUUCAGUGGAACUGCUAACAAAAAGAGUUACAGAAGGUCAAGUGAUGCUAGUAGAAUUGAUGAGCAUAAUUUAGUGUUAAACAAAGACAAGCCUCACCACCUAUCUUCUCCCUCUGUCUGUAGAGAUGCUGGCUCUCCUGUUCCAAAAUCUUCAGAAGUAAAACCUACAUUUCAUUCCUCAUUAUCAAUUGCACAUUUGCGAUCAAGCAGAACAUUUUCUCCUCCACCAAAAUUGUCACCUCCAUCAGAUAAAUCUACGACCUCCUCUUCAUCACAAUCAUCACCAACCACUACUUCAUCAAGGUCAUCACCUACGACACCUUUAUCUGGGUCAUCACCUACGACACCUUUAUCUGGGUCAUCACCUACGACACCUUCUGUAUUGCAAUCCUCACCUGUGACAUCUGGUUCAUCUCCGUCAACAGACUCAGGAAAUGUCAAGGACAUUCAUGUCCAAAGAAACAAUUCAUUAGACACGUGCCAAACACCUAGCUCACCUACAUGUGGGGAAGCAAGUCCCAAGUAUCAGCGACGAUUCUCUUUGUCUGCCAUCACUCCUAAGAAAGACCAUGUGAAAGGCAAAGAGGAGAUUAAACAAGGAAGUGAUUUUGAAGCUUUGGGAAAGUCUUGGAUAGAGAAAAAGAAGCGGUCGUGUUCACUUCCAGGAAACAGUGAAGUUUUGAAUUCCUCAGACAUGGAGGCUGCAUUCUCCGAGUUACUCAGUGCUGUGGACCAUGAACCACAAAACAGUGUUAGCACUUCCAACGACCUUGACCUUUUGGUUGAAGACUCAAAAGUGGAUAUUAAUGAAAAUGAAAAGAUUGAGGAAGCAAUAAUAAAGAAGACUGCUACUGAUGCCAAAAGUUCGCCCCUUUCUGACAAAGAAAAUAGUGACAAAACACUGGUCACUACGCCACAGAGGCCACAUCUUGUCUUGGAUGUUAAUUCUACGCCAGAGAAAAAUAGUGCAAUAUCAAUAAUAGAAGAUGACGAUGGUGCGGUAUCCGUGUCGAGCACAUCUCAGAAAAAUGUUGGUGAUACCACCAUCACACAAAAGAUGAAACUUCGUAGAUCGGAGAGCAAUGCAGAAGAAGAAGAACGGGAUACAAUCAUUGAAACAAAACUAACGUCUCCUGGUGGGACUUAUCACUACGAAAAAGACGUGACCAAAUCAAAGCGUAAAAUCACACAGCGAGGGUCGGAUUACUUUUCUCGUAGUAAAUAUGUAGUGAGAAAGAAAAGAGAUGAUUCAGGGGAGGAAAUCGAAGAACAUGAUAUUUCUCUGGAGACGGAUAAUUUCUCUGUGACCAAAGGGGAAGCAUGGGGGGAUAAGGCAGAGGCCAAAGUGGAGAUGUCCAAACCGAUGGACACCUUACUCCCGCCAAAACAAACCUCCAAGGAACACGUUAGUGAUAAGGCAGGUGGGCGAAUGAAUGUGUCUAAAACCAGCAGUGGGUACGGUAGUGUUUCUGGGUCAGACGAGGAAGAACGAGAGGAAACAAUUAUCAUCUACGGGCAACAAGGGAGACCAUCAGGUUGCCCGGAGAUUCGGACCACAUUGAAGGAAGUUCUAGCACUAGAGGGCAGUGCAGCUACCCUGGAGUGUGCAGUGACAUGUUCUCCCCUCCCUACUGUUACCUGGUAUAAAGACAAUAAGGCUCUCAGCUCCUCUGUACGAUAUGACACCAAGUUCGAUGGCCCAUCAGGAAAGGCAUCCCUCACUAUCAAAAGUUCCGGGAAUGAAGACAUGGGGGAAUACAAAUGUAACUUUCGAAACCCUCUGGGAGAGGCGGAAACAACAUCAAAGAUUGUCAUUAAAAAGAAAGCCACAAAAAAGCCUGAAUUCAAAAAGAGAUUGAAGGAGCAGUCUGUGACGGAAGGACAAUCAGUCGAACUGGAAUGUGUGCUGAAGGAGGCAUCCACUGUGUCAUGGUACAAAGAUGGAAUCAUACAGCGUAACUCGGCUGAUUUUAAACAGACCUUUGAUGGUGUCACAGCUAAACUGGAAAUCUCUGAAAUAUUUCUUGAUGACAAGGGCGAAUAUGCAUGUGUGGCCAAAAAUGAUCUCGGCGAGACAAAGACAGUGUGUAAAAUAAAUGUGAAAGAAACUGCCAGUGAUGCCAAUGUUGCACCAAUAUUUCUGACAAAGCCUGGCAGUAAGAUACUUAACGGUGGGGACACGCUACUUCUCGACUGUGAUGUCAUUGGUACACCAAAGCCAACAAUCUCCUGGACACGGGAUGGCAAUCGACUAGCCACCAAUCGUGGCUGUAGGGAAACAUAUGACGGCCGUGUGGCAACACUAAAAAUUUCAGACGCCAGUAAGGACGAUAGUGGUAAAUACGAGUGCACGGCAGAGAAUAUCGCAGGCAAGGUGACAGUGGACGCUCUCAUCGUUGUCAAAGCAAAACAGGGUCCACCAGUUAUUCAUCACCAGCUGACGGACAUCUCCGUGGUGGUGGGGAAAUCUGUCACCCUCCAUUGUGAUGUGAGAGGAAGUCCUGUUCCAAUGAUCAUGUGGAGAAAAGAUGGCCAGGUCAUUGGGAACAUGCCCGACUUCCAUCAAACCUAUGACAGCAAUGUCGCUCGACUCACCAUCAAAGAAAUAUUUGAACAAGACAAUGGAUGUUACGACUGUGUUGCUAGGAACAAUUUUGGAUCUGUAACAUCGACAUGCAAAUUAAAAGUUAUAGAUGAAGAUAGUGCCAAAACCAAAAUGUCACCAAAAUUGGGAGUACGUAAUAAAACUCCUCAGAAAACAGACUGGAUUGUGGGUAGGGAUAAAGGUCAAACAGCUGCACCAUCCUUGACCCCAUCAAAAUCCACUGGGGUCAAGAGAAGUGAAAGCAUGCGAGUGACAUCAGACCAUGGAGUACGUGAUAGAUUCAUGAAAAAAAUAGAUGAAAAGAGUGCUAAAUCUACCUCUGAGAAAGAAGAGUUCAGCAAAGUUUUAAAUGGUUUAGGCAAGAGUGGUAAGGCCAUGGAUGAUUCCAAAGACAACCCUUUUAAAUCUCUUAGCAACAAAGAUGAUGAGCAAAAGCGUGUGUCACCUUUUAGAGAUUUAGACAAAGUCAAGGAAAAACCUAAGGUGGAUAAUGACCCGCCAUGGAAAAAUGUUUCGUUACGUCGAACAGAAAGUGCACGCGUUCCUACAAAACCAGCUUGGUCACGAGAUAAAUCAGAAGAUAAACAAGCAGCACAAUCUGACAAAUCAACGCAAGACAAACCAAAAAUUCCUACAGGUGCUUUAAGUGAUUCAAAAUCUUCUACAAGGCCAUCAUUAAAUCUAGAGAAAUCAGAUUCUGUCACAAAAGUUCCAGCUCAAACAGAUAUUCCUCCACGACCUACAAUAACACUACGCCGGUCAGAGAGUGCACAUGCUGGCAGGAGUCUUUUCCAAAAGAAGGAUUUCUUGGCUCGUGCAAUUGAUUUAGCAAUGGAAAAAUCGAAACAACAAGAAAUUAACAAUAACCGAUAUCAGGUGGUGGAGGAAGCACCGUCUUCCUCGUCUUCUUCAAUACCCUCCACAGAGAAAGAGCAGGAGAAGAAUUUGGUCAAAACAGAUUUAUCCAAAAAUGGUGCUAUAGAGGAAAAAACUGGUCCAACAAAGCUGGGUAGGACACAGAGUGCAAGACUUCUGUUUGAAAACAAGUGUAAUUCACCGGAUGUUAAACCAGAGACACCAUUGGCAAACUUUCUGGCUCGCCGAGACAAUGGAGUGAGAAGAACCUCAAGCCUCAAAGUAACACCAGCGGAGAAAGAAGCAGGGUGGUUCAGAAACAAAUUACAACAAAGUGGUCCUGAGUCUUCUCCAUUGGCUAAGGGAGACAAGACCACCAUGCCUUCCUAUGAAACGAUGGACGAUGAGGAGGAGCUGCACAAAUAUCUCUCCAAGACCGAGGACUUCGAGGAGAGGAAGAGAAUUCGGACCAGAAUGAGAGAGCUGCGAGAAAUCAAAAGUAAGGAAAUUGAAGAGCGUAGAAUCCAGCGAGAGAAGGAAAAUGAGGACAUAAUAAAGCGUAGACAUGAACAGGCAGACAAACAAAAAGCCAAAACGUUGGCCGAGUUUGACAAGAUGGCCAAGACAGCAUCGCAGCAACACAACAAGACACUGCAGGCAUCAGAGGAUAGUCUAAAGGAGAAAAUCCGGCGUGCUGAUGAGGACAAGGCCAGGACACUAGCUGUCUACGACGACCUCGCACAGAAGGGUACGACCCGCACCUCAACUGUCUCCAAAACACAGGAAAUUCCAGGGGGAACAAGAACAACCGUUAUUAAAAAAACAGAAACAACUGCAGGGUUCGGAGGUGUUGGUUAUGGUAGUAAACCCACAGCAGAACAAGCUGCAAAAUUUUUGACAGAGCAACUUAAAAAUGCGUCUUGCAUCGGAACUGAGGGUAAAAUAUCGGUAAAAACCGAGAGCUGGAGCAGUCGAGAUGGAGUCACACACACAUCCCAGAAAUCUGAAGCUUGGGGAGCAAAACCUGGAGCUGGUGGUGCAAUGGCUGCAUUUAAAAAAAUGGAUUCUGCAGCAGCUCCCCCUGGUGGUAGUCGACCAAACUUCAUGGCGGCUCAAGGUCGCGGGGGAGGUGGCGGAAGCAAGGUCACACGUAGUCCAAGUGCCAUCAAAACUAUGUUGUUGGAGUGGUGCAAAUCUAAAAUCAACCAUUACGAGGGAAUUGAGGUGACAAAUUUCUCAAGCAGUUGGAACAAUGGGAUGGCAUUUUGUGCUCUGAUCCAUAAUUUCUACCCAGAUGCAUUUGAUAUUACCAAACUCAACCCCAAAAAUAGACGGGCCAACUUCAACCUCGCAUUCGAUACAGCUGAGCAGUAUGCAGACAUUGCGCCCCUUCUGGAUGUGGAGGACAUGGUUCGUAUGAAGAACCCUGACUGGAAAUGUGUGUUUACCUAUGUACAGAGUUUCUACCGCAAACUCCACAACCAUGAGGCUAACAAGGUGAAGCAGUCAUCGGAACAGUAAUCACUCUUUACCUUCAUACAGAGCUUCUACCGCACCACAAUCACAAGGCUGGCAACGUGAUCAUUGGAACAUCUCUCUCCUAUGUCUGGAAAAGCCUACACGACAGCAUGCUCUGUAUCAGUUUUACCACUAAAAUGGAGAAUAGCACCUGAUUAUUGUGGAAAUUUCGGCAUGAUGACCACAUUAUAUGAAAUCUCGCGAAAAUAACAGUGACCAGCGAACAUUUUAGUCGGCUGCUGUUCCCAUAGCAACAUGACAUAUAUGCUUGUAGUGUGACCUUGAGAGGUCAGAGGUCUUUUAACUACCAGUAGUAGUGAGAACGACUGGAAUGAAGGCUUAUUUAUAAUACUCAGUCAGGUAGUGUUUUACACAAUCUUACAUCAGCAAUCAUGGUUUUAAUCUCAAACUGUCAAAAGUACUCGGACAUGGUUUGUGACAAAUCAGUCAUUAUUGGAACCUUCUCUUUUGUGAAGUAGGGAAUUAAGUAUGAAUUGUCAAAAUAUUGUAUUGUCAAGUUCAAUAUUUUCUUUUUUCUUUUUAUAAGAAUUUUUUAAAUAACAGAUUUGCCCUAAUAAGCUUUUUUAGUGUUUAUGGGCUAUUAAGAUUAUAAUAAUUCAAUAACAGAUAAUAUGAGGGGUUUGAAUAUUUACCCUCAAUGAUGGUAGAAGUAGGGGAUUCAAUGACAAUAUUUGAUAAUGGAAUUUUUCUAGUAGAAUUUUAUAUUAUCAACUGUGCCAAAAUAUACUCUCAUCUCAUUGUGAGUCAAGUAGAUUUUAGAAAACUCAUUGGAUGUUAACAUUGUUACAUGACUCUAGUAUACAUACAUUGUACCAAUAAUCUGCCAUCUUGGAUUGAAUCUUGUUUUUACAGUAUAGUAUGUAGUGCAGUCAGCCUUAAUGCUUGUGGGGCAACUAGACAUGACUGUUUUUAAAUUUUGCAAUUUUUGUCAUUAUAUAUAACAUAGACAAUUGUAUGAUCUAUAUACAUUAUUUACUACUCAAAUACUUAUAAAAGAAAAAUGACAUGUAUAAUUGUACUGUUGAAGGUCAUCAAUUUGACCCAAAUACAGGUCAAGGUCAUGUAGCAUUAACAGCUGCUCUAUGUAGAAUUCCCAGCAAUACAUUGGAAUAUUAACGUGUAGUUUGUUCUCUAAAUAAGAUGCUUUUUAUUUUUUAUUUGGCUUUGGAUACAUUACCUGCUACAUGUAGCUUUGGUGGAACUUUAACAACAAUCAGAGAUAGCUGGACAUUCAUGUCCCCAUGACCUCUCUUGUCUGUCAAUGUCAGACCCAAGUCUGAUGUAAGAGGAGGGGUGGAGGGGUGCAGCAAAUACAUUCUCAUUAUAUAAAUUACUUAUUUUUAUAAGAAAUUGGGUUGAAUAUAAGAAAUUAGGUUGAAUGGUAACAUAAGGUCAAGGUCACAAAUGACCUUGGAGUGUGAAGAGUAUAGCCCUAUUUAGUCCCUCAGUGACACUCACAUCUCCGUUCAGUACCUUUCCCUAUGCACAAUCCUGUUGAUAGAUAAUCUAUGGAACACUGAAAAAAACUCUUUGUUUACAUAUACUUUCAGCUAGGCCGUUGGUAGGGAUUGGGAGCUAUGCCCUUAGAUAAUAGUGUCCAGCAUGACCCUUGAUCUUGAUUAGGAAUUUCUUGCUGGACACUUGCCUUUGGGUUUAAAUUUCCAGCUAGGCCUUUUACCUUGUGUAGGAAUUUCAAGCUAGGCUUUUUUGAAGCAGUGUCCAGACCCAAUAUAGGCUGUUGACUGAAAAAACAGAUACUCGAAAAGAGACUUUUUUUUUCCCUUAUCAAGUGCCAAGUUACUUUAAACAUCCUCUCCUUCAAUUCACAAUUGAUCCAUCGUUGGGAGGUUCUAUCUAGAACUUACAGGUGUGUAGAGGUUCUAUCUAGAACUUACAGGUGUGUAGAGGUUCUAUUUAGAACUUACAGGCGUGUAGAGGUUCUAUCUAGAACUUACAGGUGUGUAGAGGUUCUAUCUAGAACUUACAGGUGUGUAGAGGUUCUAUCUAGAACUUACAGGUGUGUAGAGGUUCUAUCUAGAACUUACAGGUAUGUAGAGGUCGACUUGCCCUGUUUUCCAACAAAUCCAUAAAUAGGUAAAAACCUAGAUGUUUGAGAGUUGUAUAUGAAGUGUUAGCUAUAUAGGUAUAGUAUGUAAGUAAUAUAUCGCUAGGUGGUGUAUAUAUAAUAGAUCUCUGCAGCAGAGCUUGCGUACUACUGUUAAUGUGUGUUAAAUCUUUAUUUUUAAUUCAGUAUACGAGUGUUAAUAUAUCAUCAGCUGUUGUGAUGUAUACCUUAUUGUUUAUAUUUAUGUUCACUGUUUUAGUUCGUGAUCUGAAUAUUAUGCCAGUAUAGACUUGUAGGUUUUCUGCUUUCUUGUUAUCUUAUCAAUACAGUUUUAUGAUCUUAUGAGAACAUUUGAUAGUUUUAGACCAAAUCUCUUUAACAUUGACAUACUUUUAUGAUGUACACUGAAUUUUUAAGUCUUUGGUCACAUGUAAGGUGCUCCAGGUGGUUAUCACCAUAGAAACUCAAUGUAGUGUCAAAGUGCAGGUCACCUAUCACUACUUUUACUCUUAACAAAAAAUUAUGUAUGAUUAACAGGUGUUGUACAUUUUUAACCAGGUUUUUUUUUAGUCUUUCUGAUGUUUUAUGCAUCAUUUAAAAUUUACAUGUUUAUUGCAUGUGAUGAGGUUUUUAACAGAAAUAAAACUGAUCAUGUUUACUUGUGACCGUGUAUAAUACAACAUAUCCCCUUAAUCUUUGGAAUAAAAGUUUUUAGCCAUAAAUGGUGCCAUGUUGUAUACAAGUCACUUAUCUAGUUUAUACAGAAAUUCUGGUUUCUGAAAUUUUUUUUUCCAAAUAUCUGGAUCAUCAAGAUACAAAUAAUCUACUAUAUGUACGAUGUAUAGUCGGUCAGCUGACCAGUACUAUGUACUGUGUAUGGUCGGCCAGCUGACCAGUACUAUGUACUGUGUAUGGUCGGUCAGCUGACGGGUUCUAUGUACCGUGUAUGGUCGUUCAGCUGACCGUACUAUAUACUGUGUAUGGUCGGUCAGCUGACCGGUACUAUGUACUGUGUAUGGUCGGCCAGCUGACCAGUACUAUGUACUGUGUAUGGUCGGUCAGCUGACGGGUUCUAUGUACUGUGUAUGGUCGGCCAGCUGACCGGUACUAUGUACUGUGUAUGGUCUGUCAGCUGACCAGUACUAUGUACUGUGUAUGGUCGGUCAGCUGAUCUGUACUAUGUACUGUGUAUGGUCGGUCAGCUGACCAGUACUAUGUACUGUGUAUGGUCGGUCAGAUGACGGGUUCUAUGUACUGUGUAUGGUCGGCCAGCUGACCGGUACUAUGUACUGUGUAUGGUCUGUCAGCUGACCAGUACUAUGAACUGUGUAUGGUCGGUCAGCUGAUCUGUACUAUGUAUUGACUACAUGUAUUUAGGUAUAUAUAUAUAUGUAAUGUUCUGUGAUCAUUCUGCCAUACUAUGAUAUAUCUCUGUAAUACCUGUAGUUUAACACCUUAAUAUUUACCUGUUAUAUACAUUGUAAACAGUAGUCUUUUCAAUCCUCAGAAAUUUAAUGGACUUUCUCAACAGUUGAGAUUUUGAGAUAAGCUCACUACUAUAAAAUUACUGCAAUAUCUUCCCUAUAACUGCUGAUAUUAACAUUAUUUUCCUCAGAACUGGGUGACAUCCAGUGUCCAGCAUCCUACCUUGCCAUUCUUUAUUUCCCCUAUCAUGUAUUGCAUUAUUAUUUGUAACAUGUUGUAGAUUUUGUGAUAAUUUGCUUUAAAUUUAUUGAACAUUUAUUGAAGAAUUAAAUAAAAAUGAUAAAAAAACAUAAUGAAAAUAAA